CCGCACACGCGGCGAGUGCUCCUCCUCCUCCAACGAUCCCCAUGAGCCGCAGCUGCGGAGACACCGCCGACCACGGCCUCCCCGCACCCCUCCCCCCCUCCCCCACCAGCCCCACACCGCCGUCCAAUCCUGAGGCGGCCUCUCCGAUGAGCGCACGCGACUUUCCGGCCGACCUCCUGCGGGCGGUCCUGCACCGGCUCCCGCCCGCGGACGUCGCGCGGGCGGCCUGCGUCUGCCGCCUGUGGCACGCGGUCGCCUCCGACCGCGCCGUGCUGGAGGCCGCCUUCCGCGCGCCCUGGGGCGUGCGCCGCGUCGUCGGUGAGCCGGCCACCAGGGCUUUCUGGCGCGCCUCAUCGCUCGGACGCUUCGCGCUCUCGCACACCGUCCGACGCGGGGACAAUGUCCCCGGCAUCGCGCUCAAGUACUCCGUCCAGGUGACUGAUAUCAAACGUUUCAACAACAUGAUGAGUGACCAUGGUAUCUAUUCAAGGGAGAGGCUUCUUAUACCAAUCAGUAGUCCAGAAAUUCUGCUGGAUAGCACAUGUUACAUUGAGAUGGAUCACAAUGCAAAGAGAGAGGUUGCAGUCUUCUAUCCUGAGGGUCACCCCAAUGGAGAUGCACAAUCCCUAGCAAACACUGCCGCUGCAAAAAGGCAAAGUAAACGAAUUCUUGAGUCAGUGAGGCGAAGCUUGAGAGUUGAUGACGGAACUGCUGAAUAUUACCUAUCCGUCACAGAUGGCGAUCCAAGGGCUGCUAUGAUGGAGUUCUCCGAGGAUCUUAGGUGGGAGCAGCAACAAGCAGGCCAUUAGUUACAGGUCAGUGGAAGUAUAUAUAAGGGCAUGGUAUUUCGUGAAUUUAUCAUUGUAAUGAUUCCUACCUGCUUGACUGCUUGUACCACUGUUGGUUUGCCCUCUCGGUGUGUAAUAUGGUAUGAAUUUGUGAACCUUUGUAAGGUAAACUCAAAAGAACAAAAUUAUAGCAAGUACAAGUGGCAUAUGAGUACGGGCCAUAUAGCAAUUUUGCAAA